AUGUUGUUUAAAACUUUUUAUACACAAACUUUAGUACUAAUUUCAUUUUGUUUAUUUUUAACUUUUACAAGUAAUUUUGUUAAUGCUUAUCAAGAAUCAGUAAUAAGACCAAAUAGAGAAUUUUUUAUAAAUCAACCAAAAUUUAGUGAUAAUUAUUAUCCAAAUAAUAGAUAUGAUGUCUUAAAUAAAAGAGCUUAUUGGAUGCCUGAAAAACGUGAAAGAAUUGUAAUGGAUGCACUAGGUGGAAAUGACUAUUUGUUUUAA